CACAUACUUUCACUUGUUUCUGUCUAUUAUUUUUUCUCUGAUUUUAAUCAAAUGGUAAAUUACGAAUAUUAGUGAAAAUGGACUGUGUUUGUGCCUAUAUCUUUAGUGGAAGCAUUCGGUACUGAAAUCAGUGAACUGGGUAAGUUGAAAUGAUAUCAAACUUGAAGCAUUUCCCCUACUUCUGGUGUUUGAGAGCUCGAAGGCGUCUGAAUGUGUGGAGAAGUUCUGUUUACUAUGUUUCUGAUUAUUUGUUGUGCAAUAGAUAUUGUACUGUGACAGAGACAGUUAAUACUAAUCAGCUGCCAAAGGUGACCGAGUCACCAGAACUUCCAGAUUGGGUUAAAAUUGUAAAGAAAGAGGAAACAGUGGUUGACUUUGGAGAUGAUGACUUCUUACUUCCCUCAUUCUCAGAAUGGGUAAAAAAUGAGAAGCUUCGUGCAAGGGAAGUUGAUGUGAGAGGUUUGGCAAGCGAUAUUGCAGACAACGAUGUUGAUAAGAUCAGCAAAUUAUUAAGGUUUCAUUUCAAAUCACCCGAUGCUGUUGUAGAUGCGUUGAAUAACUGCACAUUUGAUGUUUCAGAGUGUUUGGUUGAGCAAAUUUUGAAGAGGUUCAGUUGUGAGUGGAUACCUUCUUACGGGUUCUUUAAAUGGGCAAAACUGCAAAAGGGUGUCACACUUUCCUCUGAUUUGUAUGAUCUAAUGGUUGACAACUUGGGAAAAUCAAAGAAGUUUGAUCUUAUGAGGGAAUUGAUGGACGAAAUGAGUCACUUGCAAGGGUAUGUUUCAUUGAAUACUAUGAUUAAAAUCAUGAGAAGGCUUGCCAAGGCUGGUAAAUAUGAGGAUGCAAUAGAGGCAUUUACAAGAAUGAAGGAAUUUGGCGUACAGAAGGAUACAAGUGGUAUGAAUGCAUUAAUCGAUGCAUCGGUGAAGGGAGGAAGUGUGGAGCAUGCUCAUAAAGUUUACCUAGAUUUGAAGGAUCAUAUAGCUCCAACGGUCCAAACAUAUAAUAUCUUAGUGCAUGGUUGGUGCAAAGCUAGAAACAUUGACAAAGCAAAUGAAACUGUUAAAGAUAUGGAGGAGCGUGGUUUUAGCCCUGAUGUGGUUACAUAUACUUGCUUCAUUGAAGCCUAUUGUCGUGAAAAAGACUUUCGCAAAGUUGAUGCUAUUUUCAAAGAGAUGCAAAUGAAGGAGUGCUCACCAACUGUGGUGACGUAUACCAUAAACAUGAAAGCACUAGGGCAGGCAAAGGAAGUGGACAAAGCCUUGGAUGUAUAUGAGAAGAUGAAACAAAAUGGUUGUGUUCCUGAUAAUUCGUUUUACAGCAGCUUGAUCCACUUGUUAGGAGCAACUGGGAGACUGAAGGAUUGUUAUGAUAUAUUUGAAGAUAUGCCAAAGCAAGGAGUUUCACCUGAUACGUUCACAUAUAACACCAUGAUUACAAUUGCUGUAAAGAACUCUAACGAGGAGGAUGCUUUAAAAUUUCUCCAGAAAAUGGAGGAGAGUCAAUGCAAGCCUGAUAUUUGUACUUACGCGCCAUUAUUUAAAAUGUGCUGCAGAAUGAGAAGAAUGAAGGUGCUAUCCUUUCUAUUGAAUCACAUGUUCAAAAAUGACGUGAGCAUGGAUCUUGGAACGUAUGCUCUUCUGGUUCGCGGUCUUUGUAGGAACAGGAAUCCUGAGCGUGCUUGUGCUGUUUUUGAGCUAGCAGUGCUUCGAGGAUUCCUCCCUACGGAUACCAUGUAUGAUAAUCUCGUCAAAGAACUUGAGGAAAGGGGUUUAAAGGAAGAAAAGAAACGUAUCGAAGAACUGAUGUUACAAGCUAAACAGCAAGAAUCAGGCACUUCAUCUGAGAGACAUUUAAAGAUUGAAGAAUGAAUCUUUUCUUGUUUAUAAGGGAAAUGUUGUACACUUCUUUUUCGUGAUAUUAGUUGCAACUAUUAUGGAGCUUGUUCUAUCAUUCAGAGGCAUAUUUUAAAGCCCCAUAACAUCACAUUCAGUGAAGUGAAGUCAGAUUUGGUCGACAAUGCCAUGGUUUCUGUAAAGUCACCUUACUAAUUAGCUGGUCCCAAAUUUAUGAGAACUUUCCUUUUCCAUUGUAGAGUAAUUACAUAUCAGGCCUCAUAAUAUUUC